AUGGCGACACGUUGCUAUGCGAGAUUACGUCAUCGUGACAUCACGCCGACUGCAAGAAUGAAACAUCUAGACCCCGAAGGUCGUCUGGAACCGGUCUCCUGUAUGUUCCAAGAACAAGAACCAAGCAGGACUUUCCUGCGGCCGAGGUUGAAGAGCAUCGAUGGGGAGGUGUGCCUAAUCACGGGGGCCGGGGGCGCCCUGGGCCGCCUCUUCGCCCUGGAGUUCGCCAAGGAGGGCGCGCACCUGGUGCUGUGGGACUGCAACACACCCGCCAACGAGCGCACCGCCCAGCUGGCUCGGGAGCUCGGCGUCAAAGUGCACGCCUACACGGUCGACCUUUCCCGCCGGGAGAGCAUUUACGAGGCGGCGGGGCGGGUGAGGACUGAGGUCGGGGACGUGUCCAUGCUGGUUAACAACGCGGGCGUGGUGGCCGGGAGGAGAUUGCUGGAGUGUCCCGAUGAGCUUUUGGAACGCACCCUGCUCGUUAACUGCCAUGCUUUAUUCUGGAUGACCAAGGCCUUCCUGCCACAGAUGAAGGCAAAGAAUCACGGUCACAUCAUAACUGUUGCUAGUGCCCUUGGCCUCUUCAGCACCGCAUGUGUGGAGGAUUACUGUGCCAGUAAAUUUGGGGCAGUUGGCUUCCACGAAUCACUGACCCAUGAGCUCUUAGCAGAGGAAAUGGAUGGCAUAAAAACCACUCUAGUUUGCCCAUACAUUGUGGACACUGGGAUGUUUUCCGGCUGCGAGAUAAGGAAGGAGCUCCGAAGUCUCAUCCCACCAUUGGAGCCUCUGUACACAGUUCAGCAGUCCAUGACAGCCAUUUUAGCUGAACAGCAAAUGAUCUGCAUCCCUCGACUUAUGUACAUCCCAUUUGUGACUCGAGCUUUACUACCAUGGGAUGCAAAUGUUGCAACUUAUCGCUUCAUGGGAGGAGACAAAUGCAUGCUACCCUUCAUCAAGAAUGUUGAACAGAGGACAUCUAAUGGCCAUAUUAAAUCUUACUGAAAUGUGUCUUCAGUAUUUAUAUAAAGUAUAUUUUUGGUUGAGAUAGAAUGAUUACUAUAUUUUAGUGGGAACUAUUUCUACAUUAAAAUCUCAGGACAUGGGGAAAAAAAACCUAACUAACAAACAAACAACUGAUCCAGUGGUCUAUUUUUGGCCAAGAUUUCAAACAUUUUUGUCAAUAAAACCUCAGAAUGAAGGUAUCUUAU